AUGCUGCGCAUCGUGUCUCGCUUCAACCAGCCCGCGCGCCGCGUCGUGAAGACCUCGACCAAGUCGCUCGCCGGCGCGCACAACAUGCAGUGCCGCUGCGGCAACUGCGUGCAGCACCCCACGGGCUGCACGUGCCCGCGCUGCCAGUCGCGCUCGUUCUCGGUCAAGUCGCAGUCGCACUACGACAUCCCCAAGACGCAGACGGCCGUGGUGUUCGAGCAGAACAACGCGCCUCUGCAGGUCCGCAAGGACUGGCCCGUGACGCAGCCGGAGGAGCUCAAGCCCGGCGAGGUGCUGGUGCGCUUGGCGUACUCGGGCGUGUGCCACACGGACCUGCACGUGUGGCUGGGCGACUGGCCGCUGGACAACAAGCUGCCGCUGGUGGGCGGCCACGAAGGCGCGGGCUACGUCGCUGCCAUCGGCGACCACAGCUACACGCACCUGAAGAUCGGUGACCCGGUGGGUGUCAAGUGGCUGGCCAACUCGUGCCUGGGCUGCGAGGACUGCCGCAAGGGCUACGAGUCCACUUGUGUCGACGCGGACCUGCACGGCUUCACGGUCGAUGGCUCAUUCCAGCAGUGGUGCGUGUCGUACGCUGACCACGUGACGCCCAUUCCCAAGGAGCUGCCGAUGCACGCGGCUGCUCCGAUCCUGUGUGCGGGUGUGACGGUGUACAAGGCGCUGAAGGAGAUCGGCGGUGUGUGCGGCGACUCGGUCGUGAUCCCUGGCGCUGGUGGCGGUCUGGGCCACUUGGCGUGCCAGUACGCGCGCGCCAUGGGCUACCGCGUGAUCGCCAUCGACUCGGGCGAGGACAAGCGCAAACUGGUGGCGUCUUACGGCAUCACGGACUUCAUCGACUUCAAGGAAGGCAACGUGCGCGACAAGGUGCUGGCUGCGACCGAGGGCCGUGGCGCGCACGCGACGGUGGUGGUGGCGUCGGGCGGCGAGGCGUACAAGGACGCGCUGUC